AUGCAGGAGGCCUACACAGUGGCGUCGAAAACAGCUACCAAAGAAGCUGCUCGAGGAAAAGCCUACUAUGACAUGAGAGUAAAAGGGAGAGAUCUUCAGCCUGGGGAUAGAGUACUCCUUCGAAAUCUCACACCUCGAGGUGGACCCGCAAAGAUCCAGUCUUACUGGGAGGACCAAGUCUACAAAGUGGAAGAGAGAAAAGCGAAUGACAGUCCAGUGUAUCGGAUCAGUCCUGAAAAUGGCCAAGGAAGAGAAAGAGUGGUGCACAGGAACCUUCUACUCCCCUGUAACUUUCUGCCCCUUGAGAAGCCACCAGCACGGACUGUUCAUCCCCAAAAAGACUCUCCGCCUGUCACAAAGAGAAAGCCCCGACCUCCACGUGGACAGCAGCAGCAGCAACCAGAGAACGGCGACACGUCAGAUGAAGACAACAGUGGCACCUACCAGUGGUACCUCAGACCUGUUCCGGGGAGACGACAGAGGGAGACUUCACGCAACCCUUUGGCACAGCCCUUCCAGCCUCAACCAAGUCUUCAGCGUAGCGUGGAUUUGCAACUACAGAGCGAAGAGGAUAUGCCACUACAUAGUGAAAAGGACACGCCAGGGCAGAUUCAAGACCCUGAACCUGACCUUGAACAGCCAGGGAGUGGUGAGACUGAGAUUGACAUUCCAGCUCCAGAUGAAGGUGAGACUGUCACUGUGAGACAGCGACCUCAAAGACAGAGACAGCAGCCAACUGUGCUGAGUUAUGACACUUUAGGUCAGCCGACUUUGGUUCAGAGGGACUGGAAGGUAACGAGGGCUCUUGUUAUUGAGAGUAAUACCUUCUGGAGACCAUGGGCUGUUGAAGUGUGUUAA